GCAGUGCACCCGUUGUGGAAAGGACCGAUAGAUGUCCCUGGAGGCUCCCGCCAGUCUCCCAUCGACAUUCGUGUGCGUGACAGCAUCUUCCAUCCCCAGCUCACCCCCAUCAAGACUCAGUAUGACCCGAACACCUGCUUGCACGUCUGGAAUAAUGGCUACUCGUUUCUGGUAGAGUAUGACGACUCCACUAACAAGUCGGUGGUGAGCGGAGGACCCCUGGAGAACCCCUACAGGCUGAAACAGUUCCACUUCCACUGGGGGGUGAACAACGACUGGGGCUCUGAGCACACGGUGGACAGCAAGGUGUUCCCAGCAGAGCUGCACCUCGUACACUGGAACUGCUCCCGUUAUCGCAGCUUUGAGGAGGCCAUCAUGGAGGAGAACGGUCUGGCGGUUAUUGGAGUGUUCUUAAAGGUUGGCCAGCACCACUCGAAGCUGCAGAAGUUGGUGGACAUUCUACCGUCUGUCAGAUAUAAGGACGCUCUUACUGAAUUCAAUUAUUUUGACCCCUCCUGCUUUCUGCCAACCUGUAAUGAUUACUGGACAUAUUCUGGCUCCUUGACCACGCCACCGCUGACCGAGUCUGUGACCUGGAUUAUCAAGAAGAAACCCAUUGAGGUCGACCAUAGUCAGUUGGCCGUGUUUCGCAGUCUACUCUUCAGCUCCGUGGGGGAGGAAGAGAAAACCAUGGUAGACAACUUCCGCCCUCUGCAGCCGCUAAUGAACCGCACUGUCCAUUCCACAUUCCAGCCGGCGCUCAAAUUGUCUGACCUCAAAAAGGAAGAUGCCAAAUCGCAACGUCAGCAGACGGUGUAA